GAUAGAAGAACGCUACUAACAGUUACAAUACACACUUUAAGCUUAUCUCUUAUGGCGCUUCUGUCUGUCAUUGGUAACAUCCUGGUUUGCUUGGCUUUCCAUCGAAACAGGCGAUUACGCACCGUUACUAACUGCUAUGUAUAUUCUUUGGCCGUAACUGACUUAAUCUUCGCUUGUUCUGUGUAUCCAAUGGACGCAAUAGCAUCGGCCUUGCGCAGGUGGUCAUUCGGUUCCAUCCUUUGCCAGUUUAAUGGUUUCACAUCUUAUCUUUGGGUUACGGUGUCCAUUAACAUUUUGGCGUUAGCAGCUGUCAACCGUUACCGCUGCAUAGUAAAUCCUCACUUUUAUUCUGUCUUCUUCACAAAGAAGAGAGCCAUUCUAUCAAUUAUCUUUGUGAUACUGUUUAUUUUAUGCACAUUUUUGGCUGCGAUAAUCGUUACAGGUAGUUUAUUCCGAUGGCAUCCUUACUAUUUGUUUUGUCAGGCGACGGAUUUUAAAGGCCCGGUGGAAGCUUUUAUUUUGACAUUCCAUUUGUUUUUCUCCCUACAUGUGUAACAUUCGUUUGCUAUGGACGCGUAUACAAGGUCAUUAGACGCCAUAAUUUUCUCGUUAUUCCAUUCUUGCAACAGGCAAACAGCCAAAGAGCAAUGGUUAGCAAACAUGAGAUCCAGGGAUCGUGGAUUCUUCUGGCUGCAGUUGUAGCAUUUUGCAUUUGUUGGAUUCCUGCGACAACAGUCGUCAUUUUAGAAAAACUAGCUCAUCGAGGCAUACCACCCUUUUGGCAGUCUAUUCAUACACUUUCUUCUGCCUGUAGUUCGUGGAUAAACCCUAUUAUAUAUGGUGCCAUGAAUCGGGCCAUGAGAAAAUAA